AAGAGACGUUGGUGUGCAGGAGAUUCAGUGCAUGUGUUUUUCAUUCCAAACAUUCAUUUGUUUCAAAGACGUUGUCAUCUGUGUAGAAGGAUGAGGCGAAUCAGGCAGAUGCUCAGGAGGAAGGCCGGGCAGGUGGCUCCACAGCCAGAAGAAGACAUCAGCCCACCUGCCCAGGUGGAGAGCGGCCCCUCUGUCCCCGCAGGCGGGGAAGAGGCUCAUGGUCAGGGGAAAGGGAGGAGCUGCUUCGCUUGCUGGAGGAGGCGGAAGACAGCAGCUCCUCUAGCUGACCUGGAGGCACCUUCUGGGCCGAAACGGAGGUGUCCCCGGGUUCAGCCGUGGAGCAGAGAGCCAGGGGAGGGCAGGAGCCGGGGACGGCAGCUCUGGGGCUUCCUUUUCAGGAAGCCAAGGAUCCAGGAGCUGCGCCCCAGGGCCCAGCAGGAGCCGCCAACCAUCGUGGCAGCUGAGGGGCCCUGCGCCAGCCUGACCCUGGCCCCAGAGGAGCCUCCCGCCGGCACCACUCUGGCCCCGGAAAAGCCUCCCGCCGGCACCACCCUGGCCACGGAAGAGCCUCCCGCCGGCACCACCCUGGCCACGGAAGAGCCUCCCGCCGGCACCACCCUGGCCCCGGAGAAGCCUCCUGCCGGCACCAUUCUGGUGACUGAGAAGCCUCCUGCCAGCACUACCCUGGCCACGGAGGAGCCUCCUGCCAGCACCACCCUGGCCAAGGAGGAGCCUCCCGCCAGCCCCACCCUGGCCACGGAGGAACCUCCUGCCAGCCCCAGCCUGGCAACUCAGAAGCCUCCCGCCAGCCCCAGCCUGGCACUUGUGGCGCCUCCUCCCAGCCCAGAGCAGGAGUUCAGUGACAGCACCAGCUCUGUAUUCUCCUGCGGGUCCAGCAGCUCCUCCGUGGGGUCUGGGAGCCCUGUGUUUCAAGGCUCCCUCUUUGGAGCCUCGCUCCAGGCCUUCCAGCCACCCGCUCCAGCCCUGCCUCCUCCUCCUCCUGAUCUUCCCCAACACCGGCAAUUUCGACCACCCAGCUUUGACCUCCGGCGCAGAUAUGGACUCUGGCUCCGGAUGUGCCUGCACAUAGUCAACACCUGGCUGUAGUAGACAGGCCUGUAGUGAGGCAGUCUGGCUCCCGGCCACACCUGAGAGGGAGGAGCCAGAACAGCAGCCACAGUGGGCGGAGCCAUUGCCGCCUGUCCCCGCCCCCCGGAAGUCAAGGGGUGGGACAGGAAGUAUAAAAGCCCCGGCCCAGCGCUCAAUUGCAGCCCGGCGGCCAGAGAGGACAGACGCUCCUGACCGAGCUCCUGCUGGACCGAGCCUGCCCCGAGCCCGGUAUCCUGAAGUGGACUGGCCGAGCCUUCCCCGAGCAUGGUACACCGAGGAGCUACCUGAGCGUAACUCAGACCCACGUCCUGAGGAGCAGCCCGGGCUAGCCGACACUCAGCACGACGAGGAGCCCAUGGUGUGGGACCCAGCGCCGGACACCGGUACUGAGCAGGUACCCAUGGAGGGGGAAAUGGAAAGUAGCCCGGGGGUAGCUGACCCCAGUCUGGCUACAGCAGA